UCCUUUAUGUAAAUGUAGAGAUCUCAAAAUAAAUAUAGAAAGAAAAAAAGAAAAGAGAAAAAGAAAAGGAUUGGAUAAAGAAUGGAUGAGAAAUAGGGCGCGCAGACAGAAAAUGAAAACCGCAUUUCUCCACUUUGUCACCAACCACCAACCUCCUCUCAUCUCUUCUUCUUCUUCUUUCUAUUUCUUGAAUUGCAGAAAACCCAAAUCCAAAUUUAAAUGCAACAACUUUUCCUUCACUUCAAAUCACAAAGUUAUAGGAGUUUGCAGUGCUCUUCCUGAUACUAGAACUGGAAUCCCACAAUCACUUGCUAAUGAACAGGAAGAAGAGGAAGAAGAACUAGAAGAGAAAGAACCCGAUACAACCAUUGGUGGAAAUUAUGGAAUUAUAGUAUCAUCAUGCGUAAUUGGUAUCCUCACUGGACUAGCUGUAGUUGUGUUCAACAAUGGAGUACAUGAGAUUCGUGACAUUUUCUGGGAUGGGAUUCCAUAUAGAGGCGCAUCCUGGCUAAGGGAAGAGCCUCUUGAUUCUAUCUGGAUCCGUGUCAUCUUCGUUCCUGCUUGCGGGGGCCUUAUUGUCAGCUUCCUGAAUACUAUUCGAUCACUCAUUCAUGAUAACAACAACAACAACAACAAUAGCAACCAUCCUUUCUUGGCUGUAUUAAGCCCCUUUCUUAAGUCAGUAGCUGCUUGUUUUACACUUGGAACUGGGAAUUCACUCGGACCAGAAGGUCCAAGUGUGGAGAUUGGGUCUUCAAUUGCGAAAGGAAUUGGUUCUUUCACUCUCUCUCCUCGACAAUCACAAACGAAGCUCUCUCUUUUGGCUGCCGGCUCUGCUGCUGGAAUUUCUUCUGGAUUCAAUGCUGCUGUUGCUGGUUGUUUCUUUGCUGUUGAGUCUGUGUUGUGGCCAUCAUCCGCAAAUAAGACUGCAUCACUCACCAAUACAACUUCAAUGGUUAUCAUUAGUGCAGUUGUAGCUUCUGUUGUAUCUGAAGUUGGUCUUGGUUCUGAACCUGCCUUUAAGGUCCCUGAGUAUGACUUCCGCUCUAUUGGUGAACUCCCAUUGUAUUUGUUGCUGGGCGUCCUGUGCGGCUUGGUUUCUUUGUCUCUAUCCAGAUGUACAUCAUUUCUGUUGUCAACUGUCAACAAUCUUCACAGGGAUGUUGGCAUACCAAGGCCUGUGUUUCCUGUAGUAGGUGGCUUAGCGGUUGGGAUGAUUGCCUUGGCUUAUCCCGAAAUCCUAUAUUGGGGUUUUGAGAAUGUUGACAUUUUGCUGGAAUCCCGGCCUUUUGUGAAAGGCCUCUCUGCAGAUCUACUUCUUCAACUUGUGGGAGUAAAGAUAGUCGCAACCUCUUUGUGCCGGGCCUCUGGAUUAGUAGGUGGUUAUUAUGCACCAUCCCUGUUUAUUGGUGCAGCAACAGGAAUGGCAUAUGGCAAACUGAUUAGUUUAGCAUUUUCUCAGUCUAGUCCAGUGGUUCAACUAUCCAUCUUGGAAGUAGCAUCACCUCAAGCAUAUGGCCUGGUGGGAAUGGCUGCAACACUUGCAGGAGUGUGUCAGGUGCCUCUUACCGCAGUUCUGCUGCUUUUUGAGUUGACGCAAGACUAUCGAAUAGUUCUCCCACUACUGGGAGCUGUAGGGUUGUCUUCAUGGAUUACAUCUGGACAGUCAAGAAGAGAAGUCAUGGAGACCAGAAAAGCAAAUAAGGGAAAUGUUGUUCUUACCAAACAACCCGAAAUAUCCUCUUCUGCUGCAUAUGGACAAUCUUCUGGUUAUGUAUUUGCUGAAAAGGCUACUGAUGCAAGUAACCUUUGUGAAGUUGAAAGUUCUCUUUGUUUAGAUGAUUCUAGUAUUGAAAAAGAAGCAUUCAAGAAGAGGAUUUUUGUUUCAGAAGCUAUGAGAACACAAUGUAUAACUGUUUUUAUGAGCACUUUGCUCACUGAAGCAGUCAGCCUCAUGCUUUUGGAGAAGCAGUCUUGUGCACUGAUUGUUGAUGAGAGGAAUGUUUUAGUUGGUUUACUGACCCUUGGAGACAUUGAAGAUUUUAACAAAAUUACAAAAGCAAAAGCUGAGAGGAGCAAGGAGCUUUUAGUAUCUGAAAUCUGUUCACUUGAUGGGGAAAUAUGCCAAUUACCAUGGACUGCUAAGCCUAGCAUGGAUCUUUUUUCUGUGCAACUCAUUAUGGAUAGGUAUGGUCUGAGCGAGGUUCCAGUUGUUUCAGAGCAUGCUGAAGAUCACAAAGGCCAACCAGUUGGUCUUCUAGAUAGAGAAUGCAUAACCUUAACUUGCAGAGCUCUAGCAGCCAGAGAAUCCCUGACAUAAUAUGUCAUGAUAGAGAUAUGCAAGCAAUAAGCAUGGAUGAAGAGUCUGCUUGUGUGAUAUGUGCUGUGGACUAUGGUAUUUACAAAUUGAAACUAUCUGCUGAAUUUGGUGAUGAAUACAGCCGGAGACCUGAAGUAGGUCAACAUUUCAAACUGGUGCUAAACCCAGUUGUGGGCAAGAGAUAAUUCCAGUUCUGAAGAUGAGUAGCAGUGGCCGUGCUGUGUGCUUUGAGCAAUAGCUGAGCUGAUAGACAUGGGAAAGGGAAGGAAUCUUCUGUCCGAAAAGGCUUGCAGCACCCAGCGAUUUACAGGAGGAAUAACAGAAUGAUGACUGCACAUGUGUGACUUCUCCAAGUCAUGGAAUUACAUUCAAAGAUAUUAGGAAAACCCUGAAAUGCGUUAUCCAAGUGAUGGAUUGCUGGUUGUUGAAAAUGAUGACAGGUUUGGAAAUUGUAGCCAUGUUGGGGUACUUCUUCUCAGCGAUGUUGGGUUUUUCUCGUGUGUCCAAGGUGAUUUAACUUUCCCUUCUGACCCUGUCUUCUAAUUUUGUUACCUGUAUCAGGAUGGAAAGAUUUGAAGCUAGGGGAUUUUGAAUUUGAUAUUACAUAGGUUUUAUAUACUUGCUUGUAUUUCUUUGUUUCUUUUUUUUUUUUAUAUUUUAUUUUAUUACGGGAUUCAAAUAUGAGAUUUUACUCAAAUUAAUAUAUAUAUUCACUGCUAGGUUAAGCCUCGCAUGGAUGCUAA